CCCCUUAAAUAUCCCAGCAGCUUGACGAAUCAGUAGAUCAAGGCUCCAUAAUUUCACGUCUAAACUGAAGCGUGCACUGUUUAUUUUGAAGCUAUAAUAAAAUUGCUCUCAAGAUCAGUGCGCGAUUUUGUUCCUACGUAACAAAAUCUUCAAAAUAAACAACAAUGACCACUGAAAAGCCUUCCGUUGCAUCGAUGGACCUCGAACGGUCCGAGAUCUGCACCUGUACCGCCUGUGAGAACCCAGAUGUAGCAGAUGAUCUGGUAGCCUGCGACAAAUGUGACAAGUGGUGGCAUUUUACCUGUGCUGGCGUAAACGAGUCCAUCUCAAGUCGAGAUUGGAUCUGUCCCAGAUGUCGUACACCAUCAAUUCCAGCUUCAGAGAGGUCGACGACCUCCAGCCGACGAGCAGAUUUGCAACGCAAACGCCUGGCUGAACAGCAAGAGCUAGAGAAGAAGGAACUGGAAUUAGAAAGAAGGCAGCUGGAGAUGCAGAAGAAACAUUCGCAAGAAAUGUACGAGUUAGAGGAGUCACUGGCAGGAGACGAUGGGGACAACCGGAGCGUAAGAAGCCGUGUGAACGAGAUUGAGGCUCGUGAAAAACAGGUUGAAGCGUGGGUUGAACAGAACGUCGCCACCGGAUUAGCUUCCACUGUACAUCCACCCGGAUUUACCCCUCUGCACCACCAGCUACCUAAAAGUAGCGACAUCAAUAUUGCGACAAAAAACGACGACGAAGGCCACAAUUCGUCGCACCAGGUACCCGCUAUUACCGUCCCUAUCGGAGAUACCAACAAGUCGUCAGCAGACAUUCCCAUAUUACAGUCCCUUCGAAGCCAGCUGGCAGAGUGCGAGCAACAGCCCGUAUCAGCAGAACGACUGCUGAACCUAGAAGCCCAGUUGCGGAAGUGCAGAAUGCUGAUCUCGCAGCAAGAAGAGGGAGCUUAUGGUGGCGAUUCUAUUAGAAAUUCACAGGAUCGCCAACGAUCCCGCGAAGGAGCUCUACCGAAGAUCGUUACGAAUGUCAGUGACACUGUAGGACUACCGAAGUGUCAGGUUUCUUCUGUGGCACAUAGUCAAACGAGAUUGACUGGGAAACCAAACCCAGAUCUGAGGCAGAGUAGAAUUGAAGUUCUUCAACAAGAUUCUUCAACAGGUAAGAGCAGGUCUGGCCCGCGAAUCCGUUUCGCACCCAAGCAUAUUCCCCUGGGACCACCGUUGGUCGAAUCAACGAUAAACGAGCAGACGCGGCUCAGGCAAGCGCACUCAAAUUCCCCGGUAUUCGAUAUGGUGCGGGACACGGAUCUAAAUUUCCAGUUGGACGCCCCUGCUGGUCGAGCCACCUUACCUGGACUUGGAAACUGUCGUUCGAACCUACACGCGAACCCAACAGUGCCAAGACCAUCUGGAAAUGUUCGUGGAGAUGCAAGAUACGUCGACAGUUCAUUCGGAUUUCGUAUAUCUGAUUCGGAAUGUAAUCCGCAAUGGCACAGUUCUGCACCUUCCCCUCCUCACCCUCCUCAAGGACAAUACGGCCGCAGCGACAGAUUUCUCCGGGGUUCAGAGCUCCAGCCCAUGCAGAAUAAUUUGCAACGUCCUUCUCCAGAGCAACUGACAGCAAGGCAAGUCUUGCCCCGGGAUUUGCCGGAGUUUUCGGGUGAUCCAGAGGAGUGGCCUAUAUUUUAUAGCAGUUUCCACAAUUCCACGACGGCAUGCGGAUUCAACAAUGUUGAAAAUCUUGCACGUUUGCAACGAUGCCUGAAAGGCAACGCGCUGAAAUCUGUUCGAUACUAUUUGCUAUCGCCCGAGUCAGUACCAAACGUACUGGAGACUCUUCGGACCCUGUAUGGCCGUCCGGAGAUCAUCAUCAACAAGUUGAUCCAAAAUGUACGCGAAACGCCGGCACCUAAGCCAGAGAAGUUGGAUUCACUGAUCGAUUUUGGAAUUUCGAUUCGAAAUCUGGCUCAACAUCUCAUUGCGGCGGGUCAACAAGCACACCUAUCGAACCCAGCACUUCUGCAGGAGCUGGUCGAAAAGCUGCCGGCCAACGUGAAGCUACAAUGGGCACAACAUCUGAUGCUUCAGCCUGAGGCGAGUUUGCGUACCUUCAGCGAUUUCAUGGGGAUGGUGGUUGAAUCAGUAAGUAAAGUGGUAAUCUAUACUUCCGGCCAACACGCUAGAAGCGAAAAGUCUCGCAACAAGGAUAGAAGCUUCGUCAACGCACACUCCGAGAACAAAACAACACCGGUCCGGUCUUCUACCAAUCAAGUGAAGGAAAAGUCUGUAGAUGAGAAGCCGUGCCUGUUUUGCGGAAAAGCAGGACACCGUUUGAAGAGCUGUACGAAAUUUCAGCAACUCUCGGUAGAAGAUCGCUGGAAAAAUGUCCAAACGUUGAAAGUUUGCCGUAGCUGCCUCAACCCUCACGGCCGCCGCAUAUGUAGAGUCUCUAGUCGAUGUGGAAUCAACGGCUGUGAUUUCCGCCAUCACCAAUUGCUCCACGGUAAACCUGAAGAAGCGGUCAAACCGACUGUAUCAUCGACAGAAAACCAUGUGCAUCACCACUGCGGACAGUCGAUUCUAUUCCGAAUCGUUCCAGUAACGCUCUAUGGGAAAUCCAAGACUGUCACCGUUUUCGCUUUCUUGGAUGAAGGCUCUUCAUCGACAUUGAUCGAGCAAAGUCUGGCUCAAGAACUGGAAAUAGAAGGACCGACAGUCCCAUUAUGCCUGAGGUGGACCGCUAACAUGACGAGGACGGAAGACGAGUCACAGAUCGUCUCACUCGAAGUGUCGGAAACGGGUCAGAAUAAGCGGUUCCAGCUAAUGAACGUGCGCACCGUAGACUGCUUGAAUUUGCCGUCACAAACUCUGCGAUUCACCGAACUACAACAAGAUCACCCACACCUGAAGGGCCUGCCUGUUCGAAGCUACGAGGACGUCACACCGAAGCUGUUAGUUGGCCUGCGAAACCUACAACUGGCUGUUCCUCUGAAGAUCAAGGAAGGAAACAGCGGGAUUGUGGCAGCAAGGACUCGCUUAGGAUGGUGCAUAUACGGAAGCCUGGACAAAUCAGAAAACACGGAUGAAUAUAGUUAUCAUGUAUGCGAGUGUGAAGCUGAGGUCAAACUGGAUCGCCUGAUGCAGGACUAUUUCAACGCCGAAGAUUGUGCGGUCGGCUGCCAGGAAACAUUAGAGUCUAAUGAAGAAGUGAGGGCUAGACGAACCAUGGAGGAAACGACCCGUCGAAUGGGUGAUCGGUUCGAAACUGGUCUGCUGUGGAGAUCCGAUUUUGUAGAACUGCCGGACAGCUACCCCAUGGCCCUGCGGCGAUUGGAGUGCCUCGAGAGGCGAAUGGCCCGGGACCCACUCCUUAAGGAAAAUAUCCACCAACAAAUUAAUGAGUACCAGGAAAAAGGAUAUGCUCAUCGGGCUACCAAGGACGAACUCGCGAAAGCCGAUCCCAGAAGAAUUUGGUAUCUGCCAUUAGGCGCUGUUUGUAACCCAAAAAAACCUGGAAAGGUCCGUUUGAUAUGGGACGCAGCCGCAAAGGUCGAUGAAGUUUGUCUGAACUCUGCUCUAUUUCCUGGACCAGACCUCCUGGUACCACUACCUUCCGUGCAGUUCCGCUUUCGACAAUAUCCGGUGGCAGUGAGCAGUGACAUCAAGGAGAUGUUCCACCAAGUGAGAGUCAUUGAACGAGACCGUCCGUCACAAUGUUUCCUGUUCCGUGAUAGCCCGAAUGACGAGCCCGGUGUAUUCAUGAUGGACGUCCUCACCUUCGGAGCUACCAGCUCCCCGUCAUCCGCACAAUUCGUAAAGAACCGCAAUGCAGAGGAGUUUUCCAAACAGUAUCCACGGGCGUCAGAGGCGAUUUGCAAAUGCCACUAUGUGGAUGACUACCUCGAUAGCUUUGAGUCGAUCGACGAGGCAAAAUCUGUAGCAGGGGAAGUCCGGUGGAUUCACUCAAAAGGCGGAUUUGAAUUGCGACAUUGGGUCUCCAAUCAGCCAGCCAUUCUGGAGUACCUAGGAGAACCGCCUAAGCAAGACAUCAAAGAUCUUGGGCUGAAAACCGAUUCAGAACGCGUUUUGGGAAUGCUAUGGCAUACGAAGGAGGAUGUUCUACAGUUUUCCAUGACGUUCCGUGAGGAAAUCGGAACGCUAAUCGACAACGGAGCAAGGCCAACGAAACGCCAAGUGCUAAAGUGCGUCAUGAGCCUAUUCGAUCCCUUGGGGCUGCUGGCCUGUGUCCUGGUGCACGGGAAGAUAAUGAUGCAGGACAUCUGGAGAAGUGCUAUCAAGUGGGAUGAAUGCAUCGACGAUCAAAUCUACGAGAAAUGGACGAGGUGGAUUGAGUUGCUGAUGGACGUUGUCGAAGUUCGAGUACCGCGCUGCUACUUUGAUGGAGCAAGUACCGACCUCUACGAUACUUUGGAUGCUCACAUUUUCGUGGAUGCCAGCGAAGCGGCAUACUCUGCUUUGGUAUAUUUUCGCGUCGUCGGAUCGGAGGGAACAACCAAGUGCGCUCUGGUAUCUGCGAAAACAAAGGUCGCGCCGCUCAAAUACGUAUCAAUCCCUCGUUUAGAACUGAUGGCAGCGGUUCUAGGAGUUCGACUUCUCACAUUCGUCCGUGAAAAUCACACCGUCAAGAUCAAUCGUUGCGUCUACUGGUCGGACUCCGAGGUAACUCUGGCAUGGAUUCGGUCGGAACAUCGACGGUAUCGCCCAUUCGUAGCAUGCCGAGUUGGAGAAAUUCUGUCAACGACCCGUGUUCAAGAGUGGAGAUACGUCCCAAGCAAACUCAACGUCGCUGAUGAUGCCACGAAAUGGGGCGGUAAACCGUGCCUAAAAGCAUCUGGCCGCUGGUUCUGUGGUCCACCGUUUUUGCAGCAGUCCGAGGGGCAGUGGCCUAAACAGAAGUACAUCAUAUCAACAGAUGAGGAGCUCAGAGCGUGUUUCUUGCAUAAAGAACAGCCAGUUUUACAAAACGUAAUCUGUUUCGAACGGUUCUCCAAAUGGAACCGCCUUUUGCGAGCGACGGCCUAUGUUAUCCGAUUCAUAACAAAAUUGAAACGCAAAGCAUUCGACGAAAAUUAUUGUAGCCUGAACCUAAACCAAGAAGAAUUACAGGCUGCGGAAAUUCUAAUCUGGAAACUGGUUCAAGUGGAAUCGUAUCGCGAUGAAGUAGCAAUUUUUUCGAAGAAUAACAAGUUAUCGGACAAAAGGCAACUGAAACUCGAGAGGACAAGCCAGCUAUGGAACCUAUCACCGAUUAUGGACGACAAGGGAGUUCUUCGAGUUGAUGGCCGCAUUGCCGCAGCGAAAGUCUUGUCGGUCGACGUCAAGUUCCCCGUUAUACUACCGAGGAGACACCGUGUUUCGUAUCUGCUUCUCGACGAUUAUCACCGGAGACUUCUACAUGGAAACUUUGAAACAGUAGUCAACGAAGUUCGUCAACGUUUCCAUAUUUCGCGACUACGAACAACAGCCCGAAGCGUAGUCGGCCGCUGCCAAUGGUGCAGAGUGUACAAAGCUCGUCCGAUUGUACCAAUGAUGGGACCACUUCCAGCUGCUCGUCUAUCAGCAGGUAUUCGCCCGUUUAGCUAUGUUGGCAUCGACUAUUUUGGGCCAAUCCUGGUUAAAGUAGGGCGCGCAACUUCAAAACGAUGGAUUUGCUUGAUAACGUGUUUGACCAUACGUGCCGUACACGUUGAGAUAGCGCACGACCUGUCGACCAAGUCGUGUAUUGCUUGCAUUUGCCGCUUCGUUUGUCGACGAGGAGCACCUGUGGAAAUACAUUCCGAUAACGGUCGGAAUUUCAUCGGCGCGGAUCGUGUGUUGCGAAGCCAAAUCAAAGACAUCGAACAGAACGCAGCGACAACUUUUACGAAUACGGAGACGAAGUGGUUGUUCAUUCCGCCUUCUGCUCCCCACAUGGGAGGAUCAUGGGAGCGUUUGGUACGCUCCAUAAAGAACGCUAUGACCAGCCUUCCCCAAGACGACAAGCUGGACGAUGAAGGCUUGCAGACGCUGAUAGUUGAAGCAGAAGCGAUCGUGAACUCGCGUCCGCUAACAUACUUACCGUUGGACUCAGUGGAGCAAGAAGCGUUAACGCCAAAUCACUUCAUCCUUGGCAGUUCAACAGGAGUGAAACAGCCUAUGGUGGAGAUGGAAGCUUCAGCGAGAACUGUUCGAACAUCAUGGGACCAGCUUCAGAUGCAGAUUGACCACUUCUGGAGGCGUUGGGUACUAGAGUACUUACCGACGUUGACGAGACGUGUGAAGUGGCUCCAAGAUACAAAGCCGGUGCAGCCAGGAGACUUAGUCAUCGUGAUAGACGAGACUAGAAGAAACGGUUGGGUACGCGGACGCGUCCUGGACGUUACUGUCGGCAGAGAUGGUAGGGUUCGGCAGGUGUUAGUACAAACAGCUGGAGGAUUGUUCAGACGGCCGGUAUCCAAACUCGCGGUACUGAACGUAGAUGAUCAUGGAGUAGAGGAUCCCACUGAUCCUCACGGGGAGGGGGAUGUUGCUGCGAGCGCGAAACCGGCAACCCGGCGUAAAACGGGUUCAUUACAGCCCGUUGAAGCACGUUAG